UUAAUUCCUCAACCCCUCGACGACGCUCUUUGGGUGCAUUCUUCUCCUUGCUCGCCGUCGUAGAUGCAGCGACCGGUACAACCACGGCGCUGAAACGAGAAUCUCCAAAAAGAACAAGGUGAGGGCAAAACGGUCAUUUAACGUUCAAGUUAGGGACAUUUCGGUCAUUUUCGCAUUUUUCAAGAUCUCAGUGAUUAAGGUAAAAACAGCAACGAACGAGUAGAGCGAGCGAGUGAGAUUGGUUUCUGAAACAGGAAGUAACUAACGAACCACCACCGUGACCGCGAUGGAGCCGGAAGUGAGCAUCGAGGGAUCGGCGAUGAUCCAGGUGGCGGUGGUUCCAAUCGGAGCGGUGCCGGCGAACGUGCUGCGGGACUACUACUCUAUGCUGCUCCCGCUGCACACGAUCCCGCUCUCCGCGAUCAGCUCCUUCUACACCGAGCACCAGAAGUCCCCCUUCGCCGUCCAGCCCUGGGACUCCGGCUCCCUCCGCUUCAAGUUCGUCCUCGGUGGCGCGCCGCCGAGUCCAUGGGAGGACUUCCAGUCGCACCGCAAAACCCUCGCCAUCGUCGGCGUCGUCCACUGCCCCUCCUCCCCCGAUCUCGAAGCCGUCGUCGACGUCUUCGCCAGUGCCUGCAAGUCCUUCCCUUCCUCCCUCGUCGAUCGCUGUUUCGCCUUCUGCCCAAACGAUACGCAGCUUGAGGAUGGAAGUAAGAAAGGUGGGAAUUUGAGGUUGUUUCCUCCUGCGGAUCGUCCGACUUUGGAGUUCCACUUGAAUACUAUGAUGCAAGAGAUCGCUGCGUCGCUGCUUAUGGAGUUUGAGAAAUGGGUACUUCAAGCAGAAUCUUCUGGAACCAUUCUCAAGACGCCUUUAGAUUCUCAAGCUAGUCUCAGCUCAGAGGAGGUUAUCAAGGCCAAAAAGAGAAGGCUUGGGCGUGCCCAGAAGACCAUUGGUGAUUACUGUUUGCUGGCUGGGUCCCCCGUUGAUGCCAAUGCUCAUUAUUCUACUGCAUUGGAACUUUCGAGGUUAACUGGUGAUUACUUCUGGUAUGCUGGAGCAUUGGAGGGUAGUGUUUGUGCCUUGCUGAUUGACCGUAUGGGCCAGAAAGAUUCAGUCCUGGAAGACGAAGUUAGAUAUCGUUAUAAUAGUGUCAUCUUGAAUUACAAGAAGUCACAAGAUAAUGCUCAGCGAGUUUCUCCCCUAACUUUUGAACUUGAAGCUACUUUGAAAUUAGCAAGGUUUCUUUGCAGGAGAGAGCUGGCCAAGGAGGUGGUGGAGUUGUUGACCACUGCUGCAGAUGGUGCUAAAUCUUUAAUCGAUGCAAGUGAUAAGCUCAUAUUAUAUAUUGAAAUAGCUCGUCUGUAUGGAAGUCUUGGAUACCAAAGAAAAGCUGCAUUCUUCUCAAGGCAGGUUGCACAGUUAUAUCUGCAGCAAGAAAAUAGACUGGCUGCAAUUAGUGCUAUGCAAGUUUUGGCAAUGACCACAAAAGCUUAUCAUGUUCAAAGUAGAUCAUCAAUCUCUGAUCAUUCUUUGCACAGUAAGGGAAUUGUAUCAAAUAAUGCUGAUAGUGGGAAAACAUAUCACCAAUCAGCAGUCUCACUAUUUGAGUCUCAAUGGAGUACCCUCCAGAUGGUUGUGUUAAGAGAAAUUCUGCUCUCUGCUGUCCGUGCUGGUGAUCCUCUUACUGCAUGGAGUGCAGCAGCACGACUUCUUAGGUCCUACUAUCCUCUAAUAACACCUGCUGGGCAAAAUGGCCUUGCUAAUGCACUUUCAAAUUCAGCUGAGAGGCUGCCACCAGGGACUCGUUGUGCUGAUCCUGCUUUACCCUUUGUGAGGCUGCAUUCCUUUCCUCUCCACCCAACACAAAUGGACAUAAUAAAGCGUAGUACUGCUAGAGAAGACUGGUGGGCGGGUGCUGCUCCUUCAGGCCCUUUCAUUUAUACACCAUUCAGUAAAGGAGAGCCUAAUAAUAUCAAGAAGCAAGAGCUUAUUUGGAUUGUUGGAGAGCCUGUUGAGGUCUUGGUGGAAUUGGCAAACCCAUGUGGCUUUGAUUUAAGGGUUGAUAGCAUCUAUCUAUCUGUGCAUUCUGGAAAUUUUGAUGCCUUCCCUGUGAGUGUAAGCCUUCUACCAAAUUCUUCAAAAGUGAUCUCCUUAUCUGGCAUUCCAACAUCAGUGGGGCCAGUUUCAAUUCCUGGGUGCAUUGCUCAUUGUUUUGGUGUUAUUACUGAACAUCUGUUUAAAGAGGUUGACAAUCUGCUUCUUGGGGCCUCACAAGGGCUGGUCCUUUCUGACCCUUUUCGAUGCUGUGGAUCUCCUAAGCUUAAGAAUGUGCCUGUUCCUAGUAUUUCUGUAGUACCACCACUUCCAUUGUUGAUAUCACAUGUUGUUGGAGGUGAUGGUGCCAUCAUUUUGUAUGAAGGCGAAAUUCGUGAUGUGUGGAUACGCCUGGCUAAUGCAGGUACUGUUCCAAUUGAGCAGGCCCAUAUUUCCCUGUCAGGGAAAAACCAAGAUUCUGUAAUUUCAUAUUCUUCUGAGACUUUAAAAUCUUGCCUCCCUUUAAGGCCUGGAGCAGAAGUUACAUUCCCUGUGACCUUGAGAGCCUGGCAGGUUGGCUUGGUGGAUGCUGAUGCUGGUGCAGGGAAGACUGUCUCUGGGAACAAUAUGAGGCAUUCCAAAGAUGGAAGCAGCCCAUCACUGUUGAUCCACUAUGCUGGUCCAAUGAAAACCUCUGAAGAUACUCCAACAAAUGGAUCUACUGUGCCCCCUGGCAGACGCCUUGUUGUUCCACUGCAGAUUUGUGUUUUGCAGGGUUUGUCUUUUGUGAAGGCUCAGCUUCUUUCAAUGGAGUUUCCUGCUCAUGUCGGUGAAACUCUUCCGAAGUUGGAUGACUUAAAUAACAAGUCUACUGAUGUUGAAUCAGAAACAAAAAUGGACAGAUUGGUGAAAAUAGAUCCUUUCAGAGGAAGUUGGGGACUGCGAUUCCUUGAACUUGAGUUAUCUAAUCCAACUGAUGUCGUGUUUGAAAUCAAUGUCUCUGUCAAACUGGAGAACUCUAGCAACGAGGACAAUCAUUUUGCUGAUCAGGGUGCUACAGAAUAUGUCUAUCCUAAAACAAGAAUUGAUAGAGAUUGCUCAGCCAGGGUUCUAGUGCCUCUUGAGCAUUUUAAAUUACCUGUUCUUGAUGACUCCUUUUUUAUGAAGGACUCACAAGCAGAUGGGAAUGGCGGAGGAAGAAAUGCAUCCUUUUCUGAAAAGAACACCAAAGCUGAACUCAAUGCUUGUAUCAAGAACCUUAUAUCCAGGAUUAAGGUUCAAUGGCAUUCAGGACGGAAUAGCUCUGGAGAGUUAAAUAUCAAGGAAGCUAUCCUGGCAGCUCUCCAAACUUCGGUCAUGGAUGUUUUACUGCCGGAUCCAUUGACAUUUGGCUUCAGGCUUGUUAGAGAUGGUUCUGAAUCAGGAAAACCUUAUUCUGAUAAAGAUUCUGAAUUAGUUGAAUCUCCUGCUUCCAAAGGUUCUGUGAUUGCACAUGAAAUGACACCAAUGGAAGUUCUGGUUCGCAAUAACACCAAGGAUAUGAUCAAAAUGAGUCUUAAUAUUACAUGCAGAGAUGUAGCUGGGGAAAAUUGUGUAGAUGGUACCAAAGCAACUGUUCUAUGGACUGGUGUUCUGAGUGAUAUUACUAUGGAAAUUCCCCCACUUCAACAAAUUAAACACUCUUUCUGCCUACAUUUUCUUGUCCCCGGAGAGUAUACAUUACUUGCUGCAGCAGUGAUUGAUGAUGCAAAUGACAUUCUUCGAGCUCGUGCAAAGACCACUUCAGCUGCUGAGCCAAUUUUCUGUCGUGGACCACCAUAUCAUGUUCGUGUUCUUGGGACUGCCUGAAGUUAUGGUCCUUAAAUCUGAUGUGAAACUUGUAAAGUUUUGCGGAUUUCACAAUUUACACUCAAAGUAUGAGGUUUUCUCUUGGUUAUCUAGAAUGAAUCACUUGAGUUACACUAGGUGAUGCUUCUAGGGGUCUUCUGCUUGAAAUUUCUUUGAAGUGUACUUUCUAAAUUAAGAAUUCAGCGGAAAUUUAUCUGUAUAUCAAAUCAAAUGUACUAUGAUAAGAGAUUAGAGGGUUUGGAAAUUUUGUAACUUGUUUAUUUUUGCCAAUACUGAUACUUGUUCUAAUUUCUGUUUUGUUGGAUGUA